AUGGAGCAUAUUGAGAGCUUCGAAAAAGUCUGCAGUUUCACUCGCGUUAAUGGUGUUCCACCAGACUACAUCAGGUGCAUGUUAUUCCCAUUCUCCCUUGAUGGAAAAGCUGCACGGUGGUUGAACUCUCUCCCUACCGGCUCUCUCACUUCAUGGGAACAGGUCCGAUCAGCGUUCCUUAGCCAUUUCUACUCUAAGGCGAGAGCAACUGCAUUGAGGAACAAGAUCACCUCCUUCAGACAGCUCACCGAUGAGCCUUUCUGCGACGCGUGGGAGAGCUUCAAUUACUGUCGCAGAGAAUGUCCUCACCAUGGAUUUGAUGAUGAUUACCUCAUGGACAUUUUCUAUGAUGGAGUGGAUUGGAAAUACCAAGCUAAUAAGAAAGAGGAGCGUGAUUUCUCCAUGAAAGGGAACAGUUCCGACACCCAGAAAAUAGAUGAGCUGACUGCCAAGAUUCAGAACCAGAACCAGCAACAACUGCAGAGCAAUCAGCAAGUUGUUCCAGCUACCGGGAACAGUCAAUCAGAUGAGCUUAGGGGUCUGAGUAUGAUGAUGCAACAGUUGUUGCAGGGUCAGCAAGUUCAGGCCAAGCCGUUGAAUCAGGUAACCACGGAAAUGGACACCAGGAUGGACAACAUGUUCACUGAGCAGAAUAACAAGUAUGACACUCUUGCGAUCCACAUAAGAAAGAUCGAUGUUCAGCUUGCUCAAACAGCUGAGAGUGUCAAGAGACAACAAGAGACGCUCCCUGGAAAAACUGAUAAAAAUCCUAGGACUGAGCACUGUAAUGCAAUAGAGCAGUCGUUCGCUGAGACUGUUCUAGGCGUAGAAGAGAACACAGAGCAGUCUGCUAGCUCUGCAGUAACUGCUCCCGAUGAAUCUGCUGAGAAUCCACCAUCUCGAGUCUAUGUUCCCAAGGGUCCCUAUCCAAUUCCACCUAGACAUCUGAUGGAUCCCAUUAGUGAAGAGCAGCUGGUAGGUUUUAACAAGAUGGUGAGAAGGCUUCCUAAAGAACUUGCAUUAGAAGAUGCUCUACAGAUUCGUCCAUUGCUCAAGUUCUUUAAAAAUUGUAGAGAGACUCAAGAGGAGGUCAAGGUCCUCUAUACCAAAGCAUUGUCUACACUAGCACUGAAGGUAUUGCCUAAGGUUGAUGAUCCUGGAAAGUUUGUUUUCCCAUGUUCCAUCGCAGGAACAACCUUCAAGGAUGUUCUUUGUGACUCUGGUUCUUAUGUGAAUCUCGUCUCAAAGGCUAUUGUAGACGAUUUGGAUAUUGCUGAUGUUGAGCGUUCUCAGCUGACCCUGACCUUUGCAAACUCUUCCAGAGCAGUCCCAUAUGGAACCAUCCGCAGCCUUCAUGUUCAAGUAGGGGAAUGCGUUGUUCCUGCUGAGUUUCAAGUUGUUGAGAUGAACAAGGAUCAUGAGAUGCCUUUGAUAUUUGGAAGGACAUUCAUGGCCACUGUUGGAGCAACCAUCGAUAUGCCCAACAAGAGAGUCUGCUUCUCCAACAUCAACAAGAAAGUUUUCUACAAGGCGGUACCCACCAGAUCUUCCUCAUCACACGCCUCUUGCAUGUCAGUGUUUAAUGUAGAAAAGCUGAAAGUUGUUCCAGAGAAGGAGCACGGUGAUAAGGGUGAGAGCAGGCUGUUCUCUGAUGAACAUCCUAGCACUGAUCCUACUAAAUUCAGAGGUAAUUCAAGGGUGAAACAGAAAGUCCAGAAGAAAAGGGUCAAGGGUGAUCCUAUGAUGACUUUGAUACCUCGCUUGUGUGAUGAGAAAUCGAUUGAGUAUGAGGUGAAGUGCAAGGGUACCUCUAAACCUUUCUCUAAAGUCAGAGUAAUGCUCACAUAUGAGCUGAAAGAGAAAGGAGAAGCUGCUGUGAAAGGGCUGCUGAGAAGAGUUCUGAAGUUGAACAUGUCUGAUUGUGGAGCUUGUUUUGGAACAAGUCCUCAUGAUCAACCCGACUGA